AUGGGCUCAAACUUGGUCGCACUAUGUAAACGUUCGGGUUAUCUGCUGGAGCUGUACAAGAAGCACGAGCGGGCACGAAGCAGGGAACGCGUAGCGUGGAAAGCAGAGCAGACUCCGCGCCACAGCCGGACCUGGAGCGCCGCUCCUGAACCUGUCACGCACGACAAACGCCGGCGGUUGGAUCGGUACUGUACUUCGCCGGGGGCGGUGGACGCCUUGCGGGAUGCUGUUGAUAUAAUGGGUUGUGUUUUGGACAUGUGCGGAGGACCUGAAGCCGCGGUGGCAUUGGGCUUUGGGGGCACGUGUGAAGUUCUCACGAACGACGUGGGCUCGAGGCUAUCGCCAGAUUCCAACCUGGACGCGAGCCUGCUUUCUUUUCCGAGUGAUUUUCUCAAAGCCCAUCCCGGAAAGCAACCUGACUGGGUCGUCACGAGCCCUCCGUAACAGGGUGCUGUGGGGUUUGUCAAGGCGGCUUUGGCGGUAGCGGCGAAAGGCGUGGCGCUAAAAUUGCCGCUAUCGUUCCUGGAACCCUGUGCCGACCGGAGCUGGCUAAUAGAUCGCCCCCGCCGGUUAUGUGCGCUUUUUUGCGGAGAGCUAAGUACACACAUGCUCACCAUGUGAAGGUCGGAUAAUUUUGGGGCGUGUGGUACACCGAUGGAGGCUGCGGCAAGAGCGGGGGAUCGAGGCUUGUGUUCUGCCCUGAGUAGAGGGUGCUUAUAGGAGGGCCGCCGGGCGACCUGAUGUUCCAAGAAUGUUGUUUGUCGGUGGCGUUGAUUGAGUGCAGAAUGGUCUAUAUCUGCGUGUUCCGCGAAGGGUGCUAAUUUUGCGCUCCAUAAAAAAACUUCGAAAAUAUAGACUCAAAACCGCCCGCGGUUCAGUCACCACACGGACUUUUGUGGGUUGAAUGUUGUGGAAGUGCAUCGCAGCUUCGCCUACACAGGUACACCCUGCAGGUAGUUGAGUGUACAGCAGUUCUGAUUCUGCGGGUGCUGAAUGAUACGAUGCAAGAUAGAAAGCGGGUGUUCCAU